CCUUCGUCAAGCCUGCUGACAGAAUAGCAUGGAAAUGAGACUGACACUUGGUCAUUUUCUCAGUGCAAACGCGUCCUUGCAAGAAGACACCUAUCCUCGGAUCAUAUCAUUAUGGGAGCUGUUUGUUUUGCCAGGCACUUUUGUUUGUUUUUCCUCUUGUUAAAUACUCAUCAAAGCACCGCAAGCGCAGGGAUUAAGGAUGUAGAUCACUGCGCUGAAGGAACCGAUGCCUGUCAUUUAGACGCUAUUUGUCAAAAUACACCAAAGUCUUACAAGUGCACAUGCAAAGCCGGUUACAAGGGCGAUGGAAUGCGAUGUGAAGACGUUGAUGAAUGUGAUAAUGAAUAUGAUGGGGGCUGUGUACACGAAUGCAGCAACAUUCCAGGCAAUUACCGCUGCUCUUGUUUUGAUGGAUUCAUGUUAGCACAUGAUGGACAUAACUGUUUAGAUGUGGAUGAGUGUGCGAUGAAUAAUGGUGGCUGUCAGCAUGUUUGUGUCAACGCAAUGGGCAGCUAUGAGUGCCAGUGUAAACAAGGCUUCUUCCUGAGUGACAACCAGCACACGUGCAUCCAUCGCUCUGCAGAGGGAAUGAGCUGCAUGAACAAAGAUCACGGCUGUGCCCACAUCUGCAAGGAGGCUCCGAGAGGGGGCGCGGCUUGUGAAUGCAGACCUGGUUUUGAGCUUGCCAAGAACCAGAGGCACUGCAUCUUGACGUGCAAUCAUGGAAACGGUGGCUGCCAGCACACCUGCGAUGACGCUGACCACGGACCGAUUUGUGGAUGUCACCAGAAGUAUGCCCUCCACUCUGAUGGGAAAACAUGCAUAGAGAAGGAUGAGGCUGCAGUUGAGAGCUCAGUGUACAAUGCCACGUCAGUAGCUGAUGUGGACAAGCGGGUGAAACGGCGACUGCUAAUGGAAACGUGUGCGGUUAACAAUGGAGGCUGCGAUCGCACUUGUAAAGACACCUCUACGGGCGUUCGGUGCAGCUGUCCAGUAGGAUUUACAUUGCAGGCCGAUGGAAAGACCUGUAAAGAUAUUGAUGAAUGCCAGUUCCAUAAUGGAGGAUGUGAUCAAUUCUGUAAAAACACGAUUGGGAGUUUUGAAUGCAGCUGCAAAAAGGGAUUCAAGCUUUUAACAGAUGAGAAAUCUUGCCAAGAUAUCGAUGAGUGCUUCUUUGAAAGAACAUGUGACCACACCUGCGUUAAUUACCCAGGAAGCUUUGAGUGCGUGUGUAAGAAAGGAUUCACCCUGUAUGGGCUGGCACAUUGUGGAGAUAUUGAUGAAUGCAGCAUCAACAAUGGAGGUUGUGAGCACAGCUGUGAGAAUACAGUGGGGAGCUUUGAGUGUCAUUGUCAUUUGGGCUACAAACUCCACUGGAACAAGAAGGACUGCAUUGAAGCAGAGGGUCUGCCUGUGGCUAAAAGGCCUUCUAAAGCCAUGUUAAACUGCAGUAAAUUGGAAGGAAACGACUGCUGUUUUCUGACAUGCCAAUCGCAUGUGCACAUCCUAACUGGGUUUGAAGAUUCAUACACUGUGACCUGUGGGUUGCCUUACCAUUGCUCCAGUAAUGGGCUCAGAAGCAAAAAUACCUCUAAUUGCUUUGGGAUGGAUUCUGGAAACACACCACGGAUAAAGACAACAGCAACUUUUAAACCAAGUGCAGGGAGAUGCAAUUUGAAAAGAAGCCAAGAGAAGCUUAAAGAAGGUCUAAAACUAGCUCUUUCAGACAAAAAGAACCCUUACACCGAGAACAUCCAGUUCAGUUUUUUAAGCCUGAGAUGUGUCUCAGCAAGGAAGAUUCGCAGCCGGCACGGACGGAAGGCAGGCGAGGACGAGGGCUCGUCGAUUACCGCCGAAUUUGAGUUCGAAAUGAACCUGCAGGAGGUAACAGAAUCUUGCGACUUGGGAUGCGUGCGUAAGCGAUCUGAGAAACGACUGCGCAAAACUAUCCGGACGCUGAGAAAGUCUAUCAACAGGGAUCAGUUCCACAUGCGCUUCGGGGGCACUGAAUAUGAGCUGCCAAAGAAGAAUGCCAAAGCUCUGGAUUCGUCGGAGCACUGUGGCACUGGGCAAGUGCUCUGGGACAAUACAUGCGUUAGCUGUAGUGCCGGUACGUACUACGAUGGGGAGCAGGGAAGGUGUGCACUGUGCCCGCCCGGCACGUACCAAGACGAGGAGGGGCAGCUCUCGUGCGAGGCCUGCCCUGGUCCUGAGAGUCUGGCGAGCCCAAGAACAGCCGGGGCUCGGAACAUUUCAGAAUGUGGAGGUCAGUGCCAGCCAGGUGAAUUCUCUCCCGAUGGUUUUAAACCCUGCCAGCCCUGUCAUCUAGGGUCCUACCAGCCCGAAGCGGGGCGUACCACCUGCUUCUCCUGCGGGGGAAACCUUAUAACUAAACACAGCGGAGCAGUGACAUUCCAGGACUGUGAAACAAAAGUUCAGUGUUCCCCUGGGCAUUUUUAUGAUACCACAACGCACAGAUGCAUUCGUUGUCCAGUGGGGACAUAUCAGCCAGAGUUUGGGCAGAACUACUGUGUGGCAUGUCCGGGAAAUACUACAACUGAUUUUGAUGGCUCAACAAAUGUAACUCAGUGUAAAAAUAGACAAUGUGGAGGGGAACUCGGAGACUUUACUGGAUUUAUUGAGUCCCCGAAUUACCCAGGAGACUACCCAGCAAACACUGAAUGUACCUGGAACAUUAACCCACCGUCGAAGCGGCGUAUUCUCAUUGUAGUCCCUGAGAUAUUCCUGCCCAUCGAAGACGAAUGUGGAGACUAUUUAGUCAUGAGGAAAAGCUCUUCAUCUAAUUCUGUAACAACAUAUGAAACCUGCCAAACAUACGAGCGUCCAAUAGCUUUCACAUCAAGGUCGAAAAGAUUGUGGAUUCAGUUUAAAUCAAAUGAAGGCAACAGUGGGAAAGGCUUUCAAGUACCCUACGUCACUUAUGAUGAGGACUAUCAAGAGUUGAUUGAAGACAUUGUCCGAGAUGGCAGAUUGUAUGCAUCAGAGAAUCACCAGGAAAUACUAAAGGACAAGAAACUGAUCAAGGCCCUGUUUGACGUCCUGGCCCAUCCUCACAAUUACUUCAAAUACACAGCGCAGGAGUCAAGAGAAAUGUUUCCAAGGUCUUUUAUUCGCUUCCUGCGCUCCAAAGUUUCCAGGUUCCUGCGGCCUUACAAGUAGCUAUAAACUACUUGCACCUGGACAACUAUUAUUUUUUUUUUCCUUUUCUUUGUACAACUUCUUAGAAUAAAGUCAACAAGGAGCUGACAGAAUCUGGGGAUAACUGGGAACAUGUUGAGGAGAACAAGAAUGCUCAGAAGGACAGAGAUGAAUUUAUUACUCUAGACAAGACUUUCUGACAACAUAUAUAUAAUUGUGCUUACUGCAGAUGACUUCUUUCAGCUUUGAGAAAUGAUCUAAAAGAGAUAUCAUGAUAUGUUUUUCUGUUUAAAAAUGUGGGGGUAAAAAGGAAUUGUGUCUGUUGCAAUGGCACAAACAAACAUUUGAAUUGAUUUAGUACUUAUGUUCAAACUAAAUGGGUUGUCUGAUAUUGAAUAAAAUGCACUGGUAUUAGAUUAGAGUCCAACUAAGUAAAGUCCAAAUUAUAAAGUCUGUGUUAUAUGAACUAAUAGAAUAAUGUCCAUCAUGGGAGUAGAAAUAUUUAGAAUAGUCCAAUUAAAGUCAGUGAAUGUGUGGAGUUUUAGAAGCGCCUAUUCUAGCUUAGAGACAGCACUGAGCAGUCGCCUCGUCGAAUAGAAAGUGACAGAACCUCAGAGUCUGAAGUCACGUGAUUGUGAAGUCACUGUAAAGUGCAGUAGCAGUUGCAAACCAAUAACACGUCCAAUUACAUUUUAGAACAUCAAAAUUCUAAGCAGUUUUCAAAUGUAAAGAACAAACAGCAAAGGGUUACAAAACAGUAAAUUCACAAAUAAAGCACCAGGCAUUAUCAAAUACAUCAUCAGAAUAGUUUUUAAAGUGUUGUCUAGGCGACCUAUUUGACUAUUUCUAUCUGUCAAAUUAGUUGCUUUUCUAACCCUCAUAAAACAUUCCACACAUUCAAAUAGCAAUUUAAAUUUAAAAGCAGAUUACACGUUUUCCCCUUAUGUAACAUUUAAACUAUGGCUGUAGACCACGGAAUCUCAAAGGUCAUAAAUACAAUUCUCAAAUAAAUGACUGUGUGUACAGAUAUUGUUCUUUAUCAUUGCAUUUGAUGUGUUGAGUGUUUAAAACCUGUUAUGCAGGAAAUGUCAGUUUUUAAAUAGGCGGUUCCUGAUAGAGAAGAAAAUAAUGUUCUCUUUGUAUUCCUCAAUUGAAAAGAUUAUUUAAUACUAAAAAAAAUAAAAUAAAAAAAAGCUAGUCCCCCAUUUAUAUUAAAGGGGUGUGUUUAUAAGCAUAUGUUAUCAUUUAAAAUGAUGCUGUGUUCAAUAAAGUGCUUAACCAAGACAAAAGAAUAUAGGAAUAAAUUGAGUGCUUGUGAAUUAUGAUAAAGAUGCCAUUGACACCAUGACAUGAAGAAAGCAAUGGCACCAGAAUGAUACAGUAUUUCCCAUAGUUAUUAUGGAGGCUGAUGACAAAAAUAAGGGAGAGUUGGGUCCUCUGAUUCUUUUAUGCUGAAGUUGAAUCAAUCUAGGUUACACUAAUUCAAGAACUAAGGUUUAUGAAUUAUUGAAAUAAUAGAACACAAUAAAGGUGAUACUUGUAAAUGCAGAUGUAAAUAUGUUUAGGUGAGACUAACAGUGUUUUAGGGAUUAAUGCUGUGAUGUUUUAGCUUGAGUUUAAUAAUUUCCAUGGCUUUAAAAUACUAUAGUAUACUAUACAGUAGUACUCUUUUUUUAUAUAUGGAUACAUUUGGAUAUCAUACUAAUUAAUUAAGCUAAUACUUGUGGACCAGCAUGCUCGCAGGCUACUCUAUACUCUAUAUGUUAUAUUAGACAGUGAAAGUUGCUCAAUCAGAAGCGGGCUGUGAAAAGGGUACUUAACUAAAUGCAGCCAGGCAGAAUACAUUCAGCAAAUUCACUUACUUAACAUGUUUUGAGAUCCCAAAAGGUCAUGGAAUGUUUUUUUGUAUUGUACGUCAAUACAGAGUAUAAAUGUUGUGGAAUUCGCUGUGAAUGCUUAAAUGCGUAGACCCAGUGACAUCUGCUGGUGAAUACAUGAGCAUAUGUAAUGCAACUGCCUCCUUGUCUUUGGUAACUGCAAGCUCUAAGAGGCUGGUUAGCCUUUGGAACAUCCUUGCAAAUUGUAUAUAUUGUAAAAAUUGUAUUUACAUUGACCAUUGGUAAAUUGAGGCAAGCAAUUUUAACUAAGCUUUGAGGAUAAUGCCCUUACUUUUGUGCAUCCACCUCUGUUUCCAAAUCCGUAUUUCCAGACAUGGUCCAAUAGUUUUCAGAAAGGCAUUUAUUUCAUUAGUGGAUUUGCUCACUGUCCACUGUUUUAUUGUCAAGCUGUUUUGCAUGGUGUAGCCCUCCCUUUCAUUCAAAUGCUACUGUACCAUUAUUGAAAUUGCCUUUAUUAUGCAUUGUUCAAUUUUUUAACAUGUGUCAACAUAUUUGAAAAGGUUUGUCUCUUUUUUCAUUUUAUUGGAAAUGUAGGCCAGCGAUCUUCAUAUGUAGUAAAAUGUAUGAGUCAAAAGUUUAAAGUAUACCUUUUUUGGGGGGAAUGGAAGGAAUGGUGUAGAUGAAUUCAAACUACUCUUGUGACACACUGAGUAAUUAAAAUAUUUCCCUUUGCCCUGUGACCUAUUAAACACCCUCUAUAUUUUCUAUAUGAUGCAUAUGCUUGUAAUAUAUGUUUGUUAUA